CAGAGGUGAGGUAGGGGCCAGCGUAGGGGCCAGCUCGUGGUCCCGCGCGGUCGCCGCCGCCGCCCGGCGACAUGGCAGGGACCGGGCGCUGGGCCCCCCUGCUCCUGUGCCUGCUGCAGGCCGCUCCAGGAAGGCCCCGUCUGGCCCCUCCCCAGAAUGUGACCCUGCUCUCCCAGAACUUCAGCGUGUACCUGACAUGGCUCCCAGGGCCUGGCAACCCCGAGGAUGUGACCUAUUUUGUGGCUUAUCAAAGCUUUGCCACUCCCAAACAGUGGCGAAGAGUGAAAAAGUGUGCAGGAACCCAGGAGCUGGUGUGUUCCAUGAUGUGCCUGAAGAAACAAGACCUGUACAACAAGUUUAAGGGGCGCGUCCGGGCAGCUUCUCUCAGUGCCAGAUCCCCCUGGGUGGAGUCCAAGUACCUGGAUUACCUUUUUGAAGUGAAGCCAGCCCCGCCUGUCCUGGUGGUGAAUCUGAUGGAGGAGACGGUGAGAGCCACUGCCACGUACCAGCUGCCCCCGUGCCUGCCCCCGCCAGAUCUGAACUAUGAGGUGGCAUUCUGGAAGGAAGGGGCCAGAAACAAGACUCUAGUUGCAGUCGCCCCCUACGGCCAGCCAGUCCACAUCCCCCACCAGACGGCCACCUACGAACGCCACUGCCUCAGUGCCAGAACCAUCUACACCCUCACUGUCCCCAAAUACAGCGAGUUCUCUAAGCCCAUCUGCUUCCUCAUGGGGGCCCCAGGACCCAACUGGACAUUGCUGGGGUUGCCGCCACUUCUCCCCGGGCUGAUAGUAAUCGUCUUAGGGGUUGUGAUCUGGAAGAGCCUCACGAGGAACCCCUGGUUUCAGCUGCAAAAGACGCCGCAAGUUCUGGACUUUUCUGGACACAGACACCCCAUGGAAGCCUUUCAACCCAGUGAACCACAGUUCCUGGAUGACUUGGUCCUCUGUCCCCAAAAAGAGCUGGCUGGAAGGGCCAGAGUGACCUCUAGAGUCAGGGCCCCGGCCACCCUACAAAUAGGAUCAGAGAAGGAUGGUGAUGAGGACCAGGAGGAAGAUGAGGAGGACUCAGAGGGCAGCGUCACUUUCCAGCCCUACAUCGAGCCUCCCCCUUUUCUGGGGCAAGAGCAUUGGGUACCAGGGUUCCCUAAGGCAGAAGGGGUAGACUCAGGGAGACCCUGGGCACCUCUGGUCCAGGGCAAAGGCUCCUCUGCCUGGGACUCUUCAGACCAGAGUUGGGCCAGCACUGCAGACUCCUCCCUCUGGGAUGAGGCCAGAUCGUCUGGCUGUUUGGCUAGAAAGGGGCCGGACCAAGAGCUGAGGGAAGACAGGCAUGGGGAGGCCCUGCCACCAUCUGAAUUCUCCAAGGACUCGGGUUACCUGGAAGAGCUCCCAGAAGAUGCCCUCUCCUCCUGGGCCACCUGGGGCUCCUCAUCCCCAGUGCUGGCUCUGGUCCCUGGGGAGCCCCCAGUUUCACUGUGGACACUGACCCUCAAAUGGGACAGCAGCCCUAAGGAGGAAGAGGAAGAGGUGGAAGAUGAUGAGGGUGGAAGGGAAUCAGAGGUUGAUGACAGCUCUGCAGGCACCUUGGAGCCUGAGAGCACUCUGAGGACCAAGGAAAGGAUGCUGGGCCACUAUGUGGCCAGGUGAGCUGUCCCAUCUUCCUACCAAAUCUGGUGCUGCCGUCACAGCUGCUGGCUACCCCAGUGACCCAAGAAGACACCAGUGAAACUUGAGAGACCUCACACCUUCUGGAGGUGGCAGAGAGUCACUGCAGCAUUCCAGGGACCCAUACCUAGAGGCCAUUUGUCACUCCUUCAUAUGACCCACCUACUUUAGGCUGAGCUCUAAAAGAGAUGGAGACAGGGUGGGCUGAGGUCAGAGUUUGGUUGGGUGUCACAUCAUCUCUCUGUCCCUGGGGUAACAGGCCAGGUGGAAAAAUCUUCUCUAGACAAUGUGAAAGGUGGGUGUCAAAGACCAACCCCCCAAGGGGCCAUCUGGAAUUUGCAGGGGUGGGGGUGGUGCUGCCAGAGGCACAUUUUGGAUAUUUGGGGCUUAUGCCUUUCCCAGCAUGGUUGAGCUCCUUUCCCCCAGGUCUCAGCCUAUUGGUUGAUGGGCCCCCUAGGGUGGGCCCUGAAAAGAAAUAUCUAGUUGGCUGAGGGUGUAGGAGGGGAAAGGAAGGGUCAGUUAUCAUUCAUAUCUUGGUCUUUGGAGUCAUGGCACUGCAUGGCUUUUAAUGUCAGACAGACCUGGGUUCAAAUCCAGCUGGAUGAUUUGGGGCAGGCCACCCCCCUUCUCUGUACCUCAGUUUCCUUAUCUGCAGCUGCCACCUGGGAUCUGGUGAGGGUUCAGGGAGAUCCCAGGUGUGUGCAACACAGGCCACCAUGGCACUGAUCCUCUCUACAUGGUGGCUGGUAGGAUUCUGCAUCUGUCUAGGCUCCAGGGAAACCCUGGGUAUCUCCCACCUGUGACCCAGAGCCACAAGGAGCAGUUGCCUUUCCGCUCAUCUGACCGGGAGGGUCUGCCUCCCGCCUUCCUCUCUCCCUGCCCUCCUCCUGGUCAGGAGACCGAGCUCUCAGAAGCCCGAGCCCCAGCCGAGAGGGACCGUGGUCCAUCUUUCUUUACCUGGCCAUGGGAAUGUGCCUCCCAAGGAAGGAACCAAGUGGUCUCCCCUCCAGGGGUCUGAUUUCUUGGUGUGGGCAGGGAUUGGACUUGAGGGCCUGUAGUCCCUGUUUUGGACAACACUUCAGACCCCUCAGUUGAUUGCUGUGGUUAGAAGUCCCAUUCUCCCUUUCAAUUAUGAGAAACUAGUGUCUUCUGGAUACAGGUGACUCCUUACCUGGAGGUGGUGAUGUGUCCUCAGUUAACCUACACCCACUGUAUGUGGACAAGCAAAGCUGAAUUUUCACCCAUAGGACUGAGAUGUUUGUUUCAUGCCCAAGAGUCUGCACAAGCUUGGUUCUAUGUCCAUGUAAACUGCCAGGACUUCUCUUUCUCCAUUUGUAAAGAAAGGAUCUUCUUAGCCAUUUUACUGACCAAGCUGUGUUGUUCUGAGGCCAACAUCGGGGUAUAGCAUUAAAUGACAGAUUUGGGCCAGGCACGGUGGUUCACGCCUAUAAUCCUAGCACACUGGGAGGCUGAGGUGGGUGGACUGUUGAACUGACAGGUUUGAGACCAGCCUGAGCCAGAGUGAGACCUUGUCUCUAAAAAUAGCCGGGCUUUGUGGCGGGCACCUGUAGUCCCAGCUACUUGUGAGCCUGAGGCAAGAGAAUCGCUUAAGCCCAAGAGUUGGAGGUGGCUGUGACUGUGACACCAUGGCACUCUACCCAAGGCGACAAAGUGAAACUGUCUCAAAAAAAAAAAAAAAGCAGACCUGGAAAAGUUUACAGCAUCUUGGCCCAGGGGUUCUCAAACGAUGUACCCCAAAGGCCAUGGGUUUCAGUUGCAAGAGAGAACCAAGGGAUUACAGGCCCCCCAUUUCAACCAGAGCAGCCUCACUGCACACAGUGACCUUGCAUGGAGGUUUUGUUUAGUGAAAUUCCACUGCUAAGGAAAAGUUAGCUAACCGCUUUUUUUUAAUCGAACACCUAUUUUGUUUCAAAUGAAGCAGCUAAGGCCCA